AUGUUCGACAUCACACCAUGGAAGAAUUUGAUAAACGAUCUUACUUUAGAAGAGUUUAGAACAAUUCUAACAGCAUUGGAUCGAUUUACUGCACCAAUAUGGCAUAACAACAAUGUAAUCAUUUUAAAGGAUCGAAUUCCUGAAAAUAUCCUCUUGUUUAAUAUAAGGGAAAGCAGAGUAAGUAAACUAAAUGAAAGGAAAAAGUAUGAAUUGUAUAAAUUCUUAUCCGAGAAAAAAUACGCAUUUCCAAUAUUUUUGAUGCAAAUUGUUAAACUAUUUAAAUCAGCUGAUGAUUUCAUUGAUUUUUAUAGUGAUCUUGCUCCUUUCAACUUAUGUUUUUAUAAUAAUGAAGUAUUUCAGGAAAACACUAUUUGGAGUGAUUUUUAUAAAUUUAUAGCCAAUUAUAAUGCAAAUAAAAUCAAGAAUGUCGAAAGACCUAUAUUUGUUCUAGAUUAUAUGAUUGGUGCUUUUUUGAAUUCACCGCAAUUAACAAAAGAAUUGUAUCUUUUUAUCGAAAUCCAAUUUGGCACUGAAAAAUUAAUGAAUACGUCACCAACUUACAACCUUACGCUUUCUAGUUUCAUUGGAUGGAAACUCUUUCAGAAAGAUGAACCAUUCCCAAUUGAGCAAAACAUGGAAUUGCAAAAUAUUGUUUCGGCGAACAUUGAUGAAGUUUACAAUAAGAGCUGCAAUGAUAAGAAGUUCAUUUCAACAAUAAAGUGUUUGUAUUAUAUUAUGGAAUGUGCAGAAGAUUUGAAAACAGAAAAUUUGGAUGACAUCAUUAAGGAAUAUAUAAAAAAACAUUCAAAAGAUGAGGAAUUCGAAAUCUACAAAAAUUCAAACUCAAGACUUGCAUAA